GGAGAGAGAGGGGGUUCAAUCUGUGGCUACAAAACAACACAACCCACUCUAUAAACCAACUUCUUUGAGUGAGGUUAGCGGUGCGGUGAAGGAGUAACUUUGGCCUUGGCAGCUUUAGUCGAAUGCGUGGUGAUUUGGGAUUCUGAGUCGUUUGGAUUAAUAUUUCCAGCAUUCAACGAACGUCAAAUUUGGGAAGUUAUGCACAGCAAUACGUUAACCGAAGGCCGAGAAUCACCGGCUGCUUCACACGCCAAUCCAGACAGCGACCAGGGGGAAGAGGACACAAGCCCUCGCAGCGCUCUUUUCAGUGGAGUAGAUCAGAGUCGGAGGCACCGGACUGCCUUCACGCGAGAGCAACUCUCCCGCCUGGAGCAGGAGUACUGCAAGGAGAGCUACGUAUCUCGGCCAAGGAGAUGCGAGCUGGCGGCAGCUCUCAACCUUCCGGAGACAACCAUUAAGGUUUGGUUCCAGAACCGACGCAUGAAAGACAAGAGGCAGAGACACAGUCUGAGCUGGCCUCACCCUCUGGACCCCAACCUCUGUGCUCUCAUGGUGAGCCAGGCCAGUGCCGGCCUGCCCUACUCCCUACUCCCACACCUCCCGCUGCCCCUCUACCCACACUUGGGGCUGGCGCCCACCGCCUCCCCGCUGCCAAGCCCCUUCGCCCCUCCUCUCAGGCACCUGGACCCCCUCCGGCUCUCCCAGUCCCCCUACCCCAGACUUGGAGGGCUGCCACCAACGACCCUCUAUACCCCCACCCACGCAAUGCACCACCCCACUGCCUGCCCCUGUCCCCACUGUCUGCACUGGGGAACAGACCAACUCUUCAAGGUCCGAGGGGUAACUCCUCUGGGCUUGACACCAGCCAGCAGCCCCAAAGCUUCAGUGGUGACUAUGGACCAUAGGGAAGAGGUGCCUAUGCCCAGAUGAUGAAUAAUCAGAGGGUGAGCAUCUCUGUCUUUUGCAACGCACAAUCAUUUAGGACAGAGAGGUCAUUUGUGAAGGAGAGCAUGCAAAUCUGGAAUGUCUAUACUACAAUGUUACACUUCUGUUUUGUGUGCUUGCUACAUUCUCUGCAGGCUGAGAAUCAAUACUACAGGAAUUAUUUAAGAUUUGAAUAUAGACACUACAGACAUAGCACAAUCAAGCCAACCAUGGGACGUACCAUUUGGUAGCAAUAUCUCUCAAUACACUGGUUUUGUCUGUACUGAGGGUUGUUUAUUUGUUUACAAAGUGAAACUGAAUCGGUCAAAUUAGCUGCAUUAAUACUGACAUUAGGAAGGUAUGUAGCAUGUGCCUACAUAGAAAUACUUGAGAAAGUUCCUUGGUUGCUCUGCAAAAUUUUCUAUCUUAAAGAUUAUUUUAUUAUGCCUGCACCAAAUGUGUAUUUUCAAAUGUG